AUGAGACUGAUACGGCUUAAUUUCCGAUAUGCUUCCCGUCCGCCGACCCAGGUCGGGCAACCCCAGCAUGUUCGGCGCUUUGCAACACUGACAGGGAACUCCACGGGAGGCUCUCCAGCACGGCCAACAAGAAACCCCUCGACAGCGGCCGAGCGAGUAGUCAUCUUGGGCUCGGGAUGGGGCGGAUAUACUCUAUCCCGCAAAUUGUCGGCCACUAAAUUCUCCCCCACAGUCAUAUCGCCCCGAUCGUACUUCGUCUUUACGCCUCUACUUACUGAUGCCGCCAUUGGGUCGCUUGACUUCUCUGAAAUCGUCGAACCGGUCCGAGAUCGCUAUACCAAAGCCCACUUUGUCCAGGCGGCUGCACGAGCCGUCGACUUCAACAAGAAGACGGUCACAUGUGAAGCCAGUGUGGUUCGCAGCGGCGUAACGGAGACAACAAGGGUAGAGCAGCAUCAGCACGAAAAGCAACAUCGGCUUAUGUAUAGGUGCGAAGGUGGGGCUGACAGGCCAUGGGAAUCCGGGGAAAAAAUCAUAGUCCCUUAUGAUAAGCUUGUGGUCGCCGUUGGGUGCGUCAGUAAGACCUUUAACACUCCUGGAGUCAGAGAGAAUGCGCUCUUCCUCAAGGACAUUGGGGACGCUCGACGAGUGAAAAGGCGGAUCAGAGAAUGCUUUGAAUUGGCAGUUCUACCCAACACAGACCCUCAGAUGCAGAGAUACCUCUUGCAUUUUGCGAUUGUGGGUGCUGGGCCGACAGGGAUUGAGAUGGCUGCUUCGCUUUGUGAUUUUAUCCAUGAAGACUUGGUAAAGGUUUAUCCACAACUGAAAGAGAUGAUUCGUAUUACCCUUUUUGACGUUGCACCAACAGUUCUGAGUACGUUCGAUCAGUCCUUGUCAAAAUAUGCCAUGGAUACCAUGAAACGUGAGGGAGUAGAUGUCAAGACAAACCAUCACAUUGAGAGUCUUCGAUGGGGUGAGCCUGAUGCACCCGGUCCACAUGCGAUGGAUCCCAAGGGUUGUCUAACUAUAAAGACGAAGGAAGAUGGGGAAGAAGGCAUCGCAAUGUGUGUCUGGGCGACAGGCAACGAGAUGAACGAGUUUGUCAACGAUGCCCUUGGUAAAGUAGGAGUGUUGCCAACUUCGUCUGUGUUGGAGAGAAUGGAUCAUAUCCCAGCAGAGCAAUCUCCACAAUCUGCAGUGACAUGGAAUGUGAGGAAAGCCAAAAAUACAGGUGCUCUACUGGUCGAUGACCACCUUCGCAUUCAGCUCCAAUCGAACGAUGGCCAAAGAGUCACACUCAAGGAUGUAUUUGCCAUUGGUGACAACUGCAUGCUUGAAACAAACUCACCGCCUGCAACGGCGCAGUCUGCCAACCAGGAAGCCCUCUGGCUUGCCCGAUGCCUCAACGCAGCCGAUUCCAACGCCGGCCUGUCGCGGUCUCCUGGCUUCUCCUUCAGGAAUCUAGGCAUGAUAGCGUAUGUAGGCCGUUCGAGAGCGCUAAUGCAGUUCCCGCAGACCGGCAAGGACAAGGGCAAGGCUUCUCUUCUGCCCCAGGGUUUGACUGGCUAUGCUGCCUGGCUCGUGUGGAAAGGUGCCUAUCUGUCAAUGAGCAUCAGUUGGCGCAACAGACUACGGAUCUUGUAUUCUUGGAUCUCAAACUGGGUGUUUGGCAGGGAUAUCUCAAGGUACUAG